CACGUGGUGAUGAGCGGGGAGCCAAUAAGGAACGAGGACGGGAAACAGCUGACCGUGAACAACAACACACAACGGCGUCUUUUUGUGCAGGUGGAGCUGUGUAGUUGGCUCCAGCACGUAUUGUAGCCCACAAACUCAGUAUAGACAGCUCGUCUGUGAGGGCUGGUAUCUGCCACUGGCCAUGCAGCGUUAAAGCUUCUUUAACCGGUGACUCUCCUUAGAAGAGGAACGUGCAGCGAGCUUCCCAGUGAGGAGAGCGGCCGGAGCGGGUCAUCCAUCCAUCCAUCCAUCCUCCGCCCGCCAGCCCCACGAUGGCACCGUCCCUCAUCCGAGCUUGCCGCAAUCUGGCUCUCUCAACGUGGCUGCUGUCGUUUUGCUUCGUUCACUUGCUGUGCCUGGAUUUCACGGUUGCAGAGAAGGAGGAAUGGUACACUGCCUUUGUCAACAUCACCUAUCUGGACCCUGUCACUUCGGAGGUGAAGACAGAGAAAACCGAGUGCGGUCGGUACGGUGAGCACUCGCCCAAGAAAGAAGCCAGAGGUCUGGUCCUGUCGCCGUCCCUCCUGCAGGACAGGCAGGCAUGCGACCCAAACAUCAGGUUCCCUCCCAUGGCGCAAAACAACGCGUGGGUGGCGUUGGUGGCUGCAGGGAACUGUACAUACAGAGAGAAAAUCCGUAACGUUGCAUACCACAACGCCUCUGCAGUUGUAAUAUACAACGUGGGCUCCAGCAGUGCCAAUGACACCAUAACCAUGCCCCAUCCAGGUACAGGUGAUGUUGUUGCCAUCAUGAUCCCAGAGCCUAAAGGUCGUGAGAUUGUGGCCUUGCUGGAGCAGCACAUCGUGGUCACGUUGCACAUCACAAUAGGAACCCGCAACCUGCAGAAGUACGUGAGCAGAACCUCAGUAGUGUUCGUCUCCAUCUCCUUCAUCGUUCUCAUGAUCAUCUCUCUCGCCUGGCUCGUCUUCUACUACAUCCAGAGGUUCCGCUACGCAAAUGCACGAGACCGCAACCAGAGACGUCUUGGAGAUGCUGCCAAAAAGGCAAUCAGUAAGCUUCAAGUACGCACCAUUAAGAAAGGAGACAAGGAGACAGAGUCCGACUUUGACAACUGUGCAGUUUGCAUUGAAGGUUAUAAACCUAAUGAUGUUGUUAGGCUAUUACCAUGCAGGCAUGUCUUCCAUAAGCACUGUGUAGACCCGUGGCUACAAGACCACCGGACAUGUCCCAUGUGUAAAAUGAACAUCCUCAAAGCUUUAGGGAUCCCAUUCUGCUCAGAUGAGAUUCCUCCAGACUACGACACGUCUGUCGGAGGUCCACCUACCAACCCCAUCAGCGGGGCGAGUGAAAUCACGCUUAAUGAGAGCUCUGUGGUCUUGGAUCCAGCUGGAAGAGUGAUAGGCCUGCAGCAGCUCCAUCCUGACCUAGAGACGGUACCUCAGGCAGGAGAGAGCCAUGUCAUCUCCAGCAGUGAGCACCAGCUUCCACUCAGCAGUGAUUCAGACACUUCCAUCAUCACGGGCAUGGAGCAGCCACACUUCACCAUUUUGCUGGUUUGA